AUGGAUACUCCAAACGGCCUCCUGAACAAAGUGUGGUUUGAAGUGAUGUAUUUUUUAUGCCGACGGGGGCAGGUAAAUCUGAGAGCGAUGACUAUAGAAACGUUUGAGCUAUCAACCGACAGCACAGGCAAGAGAUACAUCUUCCAAAAGACGGAUGAACUUGACAAAAACCAUCGAGAUACCACGACAGGAACUGUGACACAAGGAAGAAUGUACGAAUUACAAGGUAUGCGCUAGUAUAUGGAUGCAUUUUAUUUGUAUGCUUAUGAUUUAUGAAUGAAUGAAUAGUAAAGUUUAAUUUAUUCUAUUUUUAGGAAACCCUGCUUGUCCUGUAGAAUCAUUUCUGAAGUAUAAAAGUAAAUUGAACAAAGAUAUUAAUGCUCUUUGGCAACGACCACUUGACAGCUUCGUACCAGAGGAAGAAACCUGGUUUUGUAAGGCUCCGCUUGGAAAAAACACUUUGGCAAAUAUGAUGGCAACUAUUUCUCGUCAAGGGGAACUAUCGCAAAGAUAUACAAACCAUUCUAUUCGUUCAACAGCAAUAACUGUUUUGGAUGAAGCCGGUUUGUUUCUUAAAACUGAAUAAAUAUACCAUAAUGCAAGUUUCUAUUUGCAUAUUAUUAACCUGAUUUUCUCUUAACAGGAUACGAAGCUAGGCAUAUCAUGGCUAUCUCAGGUCAUAGGAACGAAGCAAGCAUCAGGUCAUAUUCUGCGCACGUAUCAGAGGAGCAGACGCGUAGGAUAUCCGAAUCUUUAACCCUUUCCACUGCCGACGAUAGAGCUGUUGAUGUCUAUCAACGUCCUGCAACAUCUGCAUCGCCUGCAAGAUCGCCCAUACGGAAUGAUUCUGACCAUCCUUCUACACCCAAUUUAAACCAAAUAAUGAAUACAGUCUUAUCACCUGUAAUGUCCACAUCGACGGACGUCUUCAAAUACAACAGAUUUGAUGGCUGUACGAUUAACAUUAACGUUCAAAAAUAA